AGCAGUAAUACUUUCGAUGACAAAGCUGCAAGAUAUUUUUUUACAGAUAUUUCUUAGAAUUUGAUUGACUGUUACUAGGUAACAAUGCUCAACUUAGAAGAUGAUGAUCGAAUAGCACCCAAAACUAAAAUUCCAGAAUUAUUCAACUUGAUAGAUAAAAAUAAAAAAGCUCUUCUAGAUGAUUUGAGAGAUGCUGUGUCAAUACCAUCGGUAUCAACUGAUCCAACUCAUUUCAGCGAUGUGCUGAAAAUGCUAAAUUUUUGUGCUGAAAAAUUGGAAGUUCUGGGAGCCUCAGUAGAUGUGAUUGAUGGAAAUAAUGAAGCAAACUCAAACCUUCCACCAGUUUUAUUUGCAGAUUUGUUUGUUGAUGAGGAAUACAAAACAAUAUGUGUUUAUGGAAAUAUUGACACUUUGUCACCAGCACUAACACAGAGUGAUAAGCGUCCACCUUUUGAAUUGACUGAGGAGCUUGGGAGACUAUAUGGAUGCGGUAUCUCAGAUAACAAAGCCCCUUUACUCUGUUGGUUCAAUGCUCUCAAGAUUUACAAGAUGUCUAAAAACGUAAUUCCAGUAAACAUGAAAUUCGUGAUCGAAGCCACAUCAGAAUUGUAUAGUCAAAGUUUAUUCAAUGCUAUGCAAAAGAAACGUGAAUUUUUUAAUAACGUUGAAUACAUUUGUUUAACAAUUGAUAAAAUGGUGAAUGAAAUGCCUUGUUUGAAAUAUGGUUAUCGAGGUCUUUGUCACUUUGCAUUAAAAGUGAGCUGUGGCAAUAAAAGAGUACACAGUGGUACGUACGGUGGAGCUUUUAAUCAACCUCUCAUGGAUGCAGUUAAUGUAAUUGGGUCUCUUGUAGACAAACAAGGAAAAGUUGCUAUCUCUGAAUUUAUAAAAGAUGUCAAAUCAAUCACAGAAGUUGAUUAUGAUCAUUGCAAAAAAGAACCUUUCUGUGUUGAAACUCUAAAAAAAGAAACUGGUGUAAUGUACCUUGAGCACAAGGAAAUACCAUCAAGAAUAAUGAUGCACAAAACACGUUUACCUAGUUUCACUGUCAAUGCAUUUCAUAUAAUAUCAGCUGCUGCAGAUAAAGAUGACUGUGCUUCAAUACCCAAUAAGAUUAAGGCAAGAUUCUCAGUCCGCUUGGUGCCCAAUCAAACUGCGGAUAGAACAUUUCAGCAAUUUAAAAGAUAUAUUGAUGAAAUAUGGCACCAUUAUAAAAGUGCAAAUGAUUAUGAUCUGAAAAUGACGCUUGGAUUUGAUCCUUGGCAAGAAGAUCCUUCAUCUGAACACUAUGAUGCUGCUGCUAGAGCAAUCAAAACUGUUUACAAAGUAUGUCCUUCCUAUAUAUCUGAAGGUAGCACAAUGCCUGCUGUUUCAAUUUUCAACACAAUGUGUCCAUCAAGUAACAUUAUAGUAAUGCCUAUAAGUGGUCAUAAGGAUGGUCAUCAUACAAAAGAUGAAUCUAUAUCAAUUUUGAACUACAUUCAGGGGGUAAAAUUAUCAAUAGCUUACAUGUGUGAAAUUCAUGAAAUAAACUACAAGUAGAUGAAUUACUUGAAGUGUAUUAGAUAAAGUAUGGAUAUAACAAGAGAAUUGCUUACCGAACAAUAAUACUCAGUGGAUCAGGAUUGCCAGAGGCUGAAAGCCUGGCUGCCUGCACCGAGUCUCCUCCGACGGGCGCAAGGCUCGAAGAGGCUGAUGCUCCCAUUCUAUGGGUCAUGCGUGAAUCAUCGCCCUGUCCUCUUCCUGUGAACCAGCAACCACCACUGCUGCUGUCGCCUUCCCCACCAGCUCCACUUUCGCCACUGCGCUGCAGUGCACACGGGAUCAGGGCCCGGAAUACGUUCAUCGCUUACCCAGACACCAGCCUGAAAGUGAUUUGCUUGUAAAAAAACUAAUUCUUGCUAUGGAGUGAAGUAACAACCAAAUGCAGGGCUUUGUUAACUAUUUUUAUCAUAGGCAUAAAAAAUUUAAUGAUGUUUCUGGCCUUGGCAACUUGGCAAGUGCUGGAGAAGCACAAGAGUUUUUAAAUAGGAAAAGUUUAACGUCCAUAUUUGUUUGUACUCCACUGCUAUUUUUCAUUAAAAAAAAGAUUUGAAUUUUUUGCACACAAAAGAGUAAACAAACGACUGCAUGUUGGACUGCAACAAAAGCCAAUCAACAAUACUGAGGACAGAAAUUGCAGCCUUGAACAGUCCCUGUGCACUAAGUUUUCAGUGCUUUUAAAACUGGUUCAAGUGCAAGAGAGCUAGGUGCAUGAGGAAAGCAAUUCGCGUCACAAUUGUAGGUGUGCAUCGCGAAAAUCAAUCAAAACGCGAGCCAAACAAAAC